AUGCCGAUUUCACAUUCCCAGUCCUCGAUCGAGAGCAUCGAGGAGGCUUUGUCUCCAAUAGAGGAGACUCAAAGCAAAGAAUUCAAGUCUUCCCAACCCCUCGAAAAUGCAAAUAAUCUCCACCUAGUGCGAAGUCAUAUCUCCCACCACGAUAUGCCGGUAACGACCACUGAGUUCCAUGAAGUCGAUGCCGAGCAGUACCUACGUUUCUCCCCGAAGCGCAAGGUUGUCAUCGUCUUUGUCCUAGCAUUUUGCUCAUUUUUGGCUCCAAUCUCAUCCACCUCUAUUCUAUCCGGCGUGCCAGAAGUUGCAAAGACAUACAAUACGACUGGUAGCAUCAUCAAUGCAAGCAAUGCCUUGUAUUUGGCUUUCAUGGGCAUCUCGGCUCCCUUUUGGGGCCCAUUUAGUCAAGUAUGGGGACGAAGACCGAUUUUUCUGACCAGCGCAUUUCUCUUUUUUGCAUUCAGCAUCGGCACAGCAUUGGCCCCGAAUUUACCGGGCUACUAUAUAUUUCGAGUCUUAACAGCCUUUCAAGGAACAUCCUUCCUUGUGGUGGGAAGCUCCGCCAUCGGCGACAUCUAUGAGCCCCGAGCGCGUGCAACAGCUCUGGGAUGGUUUCUUUCGGGUACUCUAAUCGGACCUGCAUUUGGCCCGUUCAUCGGUGGUGUGAUCGUCACUUUCUGUUCAUGGCGUGUCGUGUUCUGGCUGCAGACCGCUCUUGGUGGCUGUGGUACACUGCUUGUCUUCUUUUUCUUCCCAGAAACGUACCACCAUCUCGACAAGUCCGAUUUGACCGAUAAGACUCUGGUUCAGAAGGCAAAAUUCCUCUGGCAUCGAGUGAACCCUGUGCGCGUGGGUGUGCUGCUCUUCUCAUACCCGAAUCUCUUCUUCGCGGGCCUGGCUGCCGGUGCGCUGGUCUGGAAUCAGUAUUCCCUGCUCACGCCUAUUCGGUACGUGCUGAACCCACGCUUCCACCUCACCAGCCCUAUUCAGUCGGGUUUAUUCUACAUUGCUCCAGGGUGUGGCUACCUCGUAGGCACGUUCAUGGGAGGUCGAUGGGCGGAUCACAAAGUCAAGAAGUGGAUUCGUAAGCGUGGCGGCAUCCGUGUGCCAGAAGAUCGGCUCAAAUCGUGUCUUGUUUUCAUUGGUGUUGUGAUCCCAGGCUGUAUCCUUGUGUAUGGCUGGACAGUUGAGAAAGCCGUCGGUGGCAUUCCAGUUCCCGUCCUGGCUAUGUUUAUACAGGGUGUGGGCCAGCUUUUCUGCUUUCCUAGCCUAAAUACCUACUGUCUGGAUGUGAUGCAAUCCAGUGGCCGGAGUGCUGAAGUCGUCGCCGGUAAUUACAUGUUCAGAUACGUUUUUGCGGCCCUCGGCUCUGGCGUUGUGCUUCCAGCGGUAGAAGCUAUUGGCGUGGGUUGGUUUAGCACCAUCAGUGCUUUAUUCCUCGUUUUAUCGGGGCUGUGCGUUUGGGUUACGACCAUCUUUGGUGACGCUUGGCGUAACAAAGUUGAUGCUAAGAAUCAACGUAAGUCGGGAAAGCAACCCAAGCUUCCUUGUAUUACGGCAGAGACUGAGAAGACGGGAGAGGUGUGA